AAUCUCGACCCCAAAGAAUAAAAAAUAAAAGGAGAUUUUCUCGCACAAUUUUCUCGACCUUUCCAUCGUUUUCUCUCUUGACUCGGUCGACGAAUAUCACCAACCCGUUCUUUCUCUAUCUCUCUUCUCUCUCUUUCUCUCUUCUUCAAUCGAAAUUGCUUCACCAAGAGGAAGAAACUUGCUGCGUUGUUCCAUUCCAAUUCGAACUAUUAAAAGAAUCUAGAUUUCCCCCAAAAUAAAAGGAGAUCUUAUUUUAUUUUUCGCGGCGAGGGUUCGGUUUGGUUUUUCCGUUGAUCGCGAUUCUACGUGGGUGAGGAAGGGUUUCUCUGAUUCCAAGUUCUCUAAUUGCUUUAUUCAAUUCGAUCCCACGGAUCAACAAAUCUUAUUAUCUCUGUCCCUUUUUAAUGUUUUAGGAUUUUAGGUUUUGGAAUUCUCUGAAAACCCUAGUUUUGAUCGAGGCAGAGCUUAAACAGAAAGGGGAGAAAGAAAAAAAACAAAAACAAAAAAUAAUACAAAAUUCCAUUAAUUCAUUCAUUCUUUUGUCACCAAUUCGUUGUUAAUACGUCUCAUCUAGCUUUUCCAGUUUCGUAGGGUUCCUUUACUUUCUAAACCAAGGAAGCUCUGAAAAUUUCGGUGCCCAGUAUUUUUUUGUUGUCAUCUGAAAUCAAGAGUUUCCUUUUUCUCGAUAGAUCCAUCUUCUUCGUUUGUUUCUUAAUUUCUCUUACCAAUUCCAAAAAAAAAAAAACCAUAGUUUUUUUUCGGAUCUGAUCUUAGGAGGGGUUCACUUUUUUAGGGAUUUCUGUACAAAAGGGAUUUUAGGUUUUCUUUAAGUGUAUGUGUACAUAGAGAUUAAUAAUAGGAAUGGCCUUAAAUUUUUCGCAUAGACACUUUUCUUCCCAUCUAUCUGAGGAAAGCAAGGUUUCACCAAUGAAGAUAGCCAAUGGGUAUCUUGUUGAAGGGAAAGGUGAUUAUUUUUCCCAGCCUUGGUGUUCAAGUAUCGAGAAAGGUGAUUGCUUUGACUGUGGAAGGAGCACCGGAGACUCGGCUUCUUCUUCCGACAUACUUGACGUUUUGCCGUCUGAUCCGUUUGGCAUGGACAUCAACAACACUUUCACCGCCAUUACUGGAUGGCUCGAGGAUUUGGAGGUCGACUAUAGCCAAUACGGAAGAGACGAGAUUGGGAUCGGCGAUGGAAGCCACCAGCAGCUGUUUGCUGGGUUGAGUUUCAUCUGGAACAACGCGAUGCGGUUUCAGGAGUACCCUGAGAGCUGCGUGUACAAUAACGGGUCGGGUUCGUUACACGAUGGGUCUUGCCACGGUGCCUUUAUAUCUGCUAGUAGUGUGGAUAAGGUGUUGAGCGUAGAGGACGCGAGGAAUAACGGUGGUGAAGUUGGAGAAAGCAGCAGUGAUCGCUGCAUCAAUGGAGAUGGUGGAGGAGAGAACGGUAAUGUUCAUCCUGCGUUUGGUUUUUGUCUCUAUCACUUGGGAGUGAAGGAUCUUCUUUCGGUCAGUAUGGUUUGCAAGUCUCUGCACACCAUCGUCCGUGAUGACUCGUUACUGUGGAAGCAUAUCCACAUUUGUCAACCGUUGAACGAGAAGAUAACCGAUGAGGCUCUGCUGCAUUUAACCGAGAGGGCUCAAGGUACUAUGCAGUGUUUGAGGCUCGUGGAUUGUCCGAGGAUUACAGAUGACUGUCUUAAACGAGUGUUGGAGCACAACCCACAAGUAGUUAAGCUUGGGGUGCCUGGAUGCACAAGGAUCACGAUCGAUGGUAUAUUGAGCAUCUUGAAGGAUCUGAAGUCUGUAGGGAAGCUUCAAGUGAAGCAUUUGGAGAUUGGUGGUCUCUUUGGAGUGACGAGAGAUCACUACGAUGAACUGUUCGAGUUGUUGGAUGCAGGCGAUAACAAGAGCUCGGAGCAGCAGCAGUGUGUUCAGAAGCCGCGGUUUUACCACAGAGGAGAGACGUGCGUGUCGUGCGACGAUGACAGGGUGCUUGAUGUUGAGAUGUGCCCGAAAUGUCAGAACUCGAGGCUUGUGUACGACUGUCCGGCGGAGGAUUGUAGAGGGAAAGGGGAGGAAGGUUCAGAGGAGUGUCGGGCUUGUUCACUCUGCAUACAGAGGUGUUUUCAGUGUGGUCGCUGCAUCAAUGACAGCGAGUACGAGGAAACCUUUUGUCUCGAGUUUCUGUGUUCUGAUUGUUCGAAGCCUUCUCCUAAGUUACCUCUCUAGGUGGGGAAGGGAUCAGCUCUGAUCCCACCUGCUUAAAGAAUAUUGUAUGUUUUUUUUUUUUUUUUUUGUAAUGUUUAUGACCCUAUUAACAUUUUUUAGUUGACUACACAAUGAAAAAAUAAAAAAACAUGAAAAAUAAAAUAUAAUUAAAUUGAGUAAUUGAUUUUGUAUUGGUUUUGGACUCAUU